AUGGCAUCGCUACACGUAUUCAGCCAGUAUGAUCCGUAUUAUUGGGGCGGUGUGGUCAUUACCACGUCCCAUGUCCUCACGGGAGCAUCUAGCUUCAAUACGAUGAUUGUCACGGCGAUCACUGUCCGUGUUGGCAGUACCUUCCGAACCAGUGGAGGGCAAGUGUUCAACUAUACGAAGUUAGAGAUUCACGAUCAGCACAAUUCCACAACACUGGCCAACGAUAUCGCCAUUGUUACUAUCGCUGGAAGCUUCUGGGGUAUUCCCAAUGUGGCACCUGUCCGUCUGCAGGAAUAUGAGCUGAAGAUAUCGGAAACGAACCCGGUGAAUUGUUUCGUACUUGGCUGGGGUGAUGUAAAGUCUGGACAACUUGCGGAUAGUCUCCAACGAAGCGAAUACAUACUCAUAAACCAUCAGAAAUGUGAAGCGAAAUGGGGUCCACGGCCAACCUCGUGA